GUUACAGCUUGACUAAAUAUUUUCAACAAAAUGGCGCCUAUGCACAAAGCAGCAGAGAUUGGCGAUCUGACAAGGAUAGUAAAUCUCUUAGACAGUGGUGCGGAUGUAAACGAUCGUUUGGACAGUCGGAAUAUGACACCCCUGCAUUGGGCAGCGUCCUCCGGUCAAGUAGAGGUGGCUGAGCUUUUGAUCAAGCGCGGAGCUGGUUUGUCAAUCGAGACUGUUGGCGGCUACACACCUCUCCACGUGGCAGCGUACAGCGGCCAGACGGAGACGAUUGCUGUGCUGCUAAGUGCUGGUGCGAACCUUGAUGCACUCGCCGGUUCAACGUUCUUUCCUCGUUCAAGGGUCAAUACAAAACGCACAGCGCUGCAUUCGGCUGCUGCGUCUGGGAACGCUACCGUUAUAGACUUCCUGCUAGUGCAAAGUGCGGAUAUCACUGCUGUGGACAUUAAGGGCUCGAGUAUACUACACGAAGCUGCAGUUUCCGGAGAUUCGGCUUGCAUAGAGCUUCUGGUGAAGAAAGGAGCGGAUGUGGGAGCUAAGGACAAAUUUGGUAAUACUCCUCUGCAUGCCGCAGUGCAAAGCAAGAACAUGGUGACUAUCAAUGCGCUACUGGAUAUUGGUGCCGACAUCAACGCUCAGAAUAACCAUGGCUGGACUGUACUGCACAACGCUGCCGAAACCGGACAUGUGGCUACACUCUCACUCCUGAUUGAAAGGGGUGCCAGUCUUAAUUCCCGGGACAACUACCAUGAGGCUGCGCUUCACAGAGCGGCUAAGUAUGUGCAACGAGCUUCGGCCGAGUUACUCAUCAAUGGAGGUGCAGAUCCCGAACCAAAAAACUUUUUUGGAGAUACUCCUGUCCACAAAGCCAUGUUGCACUACAACGCAAAAUCAAGAGACGAUUUCUUGGCGGUUUUGGGUAUGAUGCCACAGACACAUGAGGGACUAACAAAAUGGCGAGCACAAACAACACCAGUACAUAUCGAUCAACACGCUAUGCUGGGUGCGUAGACAUCGAUGAUCAAUUCUUUCAUGAAGCUUAAGAAUAUUGAAUAUUCUGCACCAGCUGAAGAGCAUUGUAUAUUUUGUACCAGCCCAGGAAUAUUGUAUAUUCUACGCAAGCUAUUGUAGCAAGGUGUCUACGCGCCCAUUAGAGACCGUUUCGUAUCCCCUAGCACUACAACGCCCCAUAGCAGCACUUUGGAUCCAUGUAAAUGACGAAGAGACUCUCUCUAUUCGAGAAGUAUUCGGACAAUGGCCAAAACACUAGCAUAACGUGGUGGAAUCAGUGUCCAUCGAAUGUUCAUCACAAGCCGAUUAGAACUCUAGUUACAAUCAUACUGGAAUUUUGAAUAGGAGUGGGACUGGUUGAUACAGUAUUUAAAACCGACCACUUAAUAGCCCCUGCAACGAUCAUAAACAUCACAGCAGCAUACAGCACGUUGUUUUAGACCUACAGUAACGUAAGAUUGCAACAAAUAAACCACUAGCCUAUAUAAAUCC